AUGAACGGCUCCGACAGUUCCCUCCAACCCACACCGCCCUUUUCUAUCAACAUCCUCUGGCCGACCAGCGCUGAUGGAGAUGCAAACUCUGGGUUGCUCCCCUCACGCAAGGCGUCCCCACGAUCGCCGCCACCGCCGCCGCCGCCGCUCGAAUCGUACCUGCCCGGCGUCUACCGCGACGAGAGCCUUCCCCAGCUGUCCACCCCGUCCUUGACCGCCGCCUACCUCGUGACCGAACUCGGCCUCGGCCGCCUCGAUGGGUUCAGCCACCACUGGUUCUGGCUGCUCGGCUCGCCCGCCCUGCCGCGGCCCCUGCACGACUGUGUCCACCGGGGCCGCACAAUCUGCGUGACAGAGCGGAUGGACCGCCACCUGGGUCUGGGCCUGGGCAGCGACGGCGGCCGCGGCGGCGGUGGCGGCAAGCGAGACCUGCUGUACCUCAAGCCGCUGCCGCGUUUCCUGCUGGACACCCGCUUUUGGGAGCAGGUGCUGGCGUGCGAGUGCAAGCGGGACGACACGGUUGUCGUCAUGUCCGGGCGGCGGUCGUGGAUCAGCCGGCGAAGCGGCAGCAACAGCAAUGGCAGCGCACAGUCGUCCCCCCCUGGCAGUCUGCGCUCCCAGUCACAGAUGCAGCCGCAUCCACAGUCCCAGUCACAGCAACAGCGAGAGCAACAGCGGCAGCAACGGGCGCAAUCAGAAAAGACAGUCACGUCCUCUGCGUCGGCUGCCUCUACCUCCUCUUCAGCAUCGUCCACCUGCGAGAAGCGCCACCUCUGGGACUGUGCCCUCGGCUUCCUGUACUCGUAUGCCGCGCUCGUUGCCCACGAGAGUGACUUCCGCAUUGCACAGGAACACGGGCUGUUGCCAGCCGAGGUCACCUGGCACAGCUGGCGCCUCCUCACGCGGCAGGUCGUCACGUCGCCCGACGUCGUGGCCCAUCGCUUCCACCAGCGGUUCUUGUACGGCGAGAUGAUGCUGCACCGCCUGCGCGAGAUCAGCCAGCUGAAGCGCGGCGGGCUGGUGCCUGUGCUGAUUGGGCGGCUGGACCGCUUUGCGCGUUUCUUCCAGGGAAAUGUGCGCUGGUUGGCCUCCCUCAUGGCCUACAUUGCCAUUGUAUUGAGCUCCCUGCAGGCGGGGUUGACGACAGACAGACUCGCGGCGAGCUCUGCCUUCCAGUCCUUUGCGUCCGGCUUCACCAUGUUUUCGCUCAUCGCGCCACUGUCCAUCCUGCUCGCGUUCGGUGGCUACUUUGGCCUGUCUCUCGUCUACCACGUCGGCGUCCAUCUGGUGACGAGCCACCUCUAUGUUGGCACGGCUCGUCAGGCCAUGAUCGUUGACGGUGUCAACGCCUUCCAGCACCACUGGGGUGACUCGAAGAGCGAGGUGUAG